AUGAAGCAGCUUUUCGAGGACGGAUUUGGAAUACAUCAUGCUGCUACCCUAGCAUGGGGCGUCAAUCUCCCAGCACAUGCAGUUAUCAUCAAGGGUACCCAAGUAUACGAUAGCGCUCGUGGAGCAUUUGUAGACUUGUCGGUUUUGGAUGUGCUGCAGAUAUUUGGACGAGCGGGUCGGCCUGGUAUGGAAUCAAGCGGUGUGGGCUAUAUAUGUACAAACGAAGAUAAACUUGACCAUUAUUUGAACGUGAUGACAUCCCAGCACCCGAUUGAAUCCAAGUUGGUUUCAGGAAUAGUGGACUCCCUCAAUGCCGAAAUUGCAUUGGGGACAGUAUCGACAUUACAAGAAGCGGUUUCUUGGCUCGGAUACACGUACUUAUUUGUGCGAAUGCGUAGAAACCCAUUCCAUUACGGAAUCUCGCGUGAUAUGAUACAGGAUGACCCUCAGCUUGGUGGAAGAAGAAUGGAACUCGUAACUAGUGCUGCGAAAAAGCUUCAUAGUUGCGGAAUGAUCAAGUUUCAUGAGCGAACCGACUCACUGACAAUCACCGACCUCGGGCUGAUCGCAGCCAAGUAUUAUAUUCGUUACGCCAGUAUUGAAGUCUACAACGAAAUGUUCAAGCCCAAAAUGUCGGAAAGCGAUCUACUUGUCAUGUUGAGCAAAAGUACCGAGUUCUCUCAAAUUCAGACCCGAGAAAACGAAUAUCCCGAGUUAGAGGCCUUACUUAAAAAUGAAGAAAUCGUCGUGUGUCAGCUUCCAGAACCCAAGCAAGAAGACACAUCUAACCGCCGUGUUGGCGGAAAGGGUGGAGACGCAACCAAUCGCAAACCAAGCCCGAUUGACACGGUGGAAGGCAAAGUAAAUGUCUUACUCCAAGCAUUCAUCUCAAAAGCACAAGUACAAGACUUUGCUCUAGUCUCAGAUAUGGCAUAUGUUGCUCAGAACGGUGGUCGUAUUAUUCGAGCACUCCUCGAAAUCGCAGUUAGCCGCAAAUUUGCCUCCACAGCAGCGAGCCUCGCACAAAUGUCUCUUGCCGUCGAAAAGCGGAUUUGGCCAUUCGCCAAUCCAAUGGAACAAUUUCCCGAGCUCUCCCGUGAUCUUAUGCACAACCUCACCACCUGGGCUGACCACCUAUCUCCGGCCGAGUUAGCGGAACAUAACGCAGAAGAACUAGGCGCGCUGAUCCACAUGAAUUAUAAGCAUGGGGGUGCACUACUCAAAGUUGCCAAAUGCUUCCCCCAUGUCGAACUUUCCGCACGUGUCCGUCCAUUGACAACAGAGUUGUUACGGAUCCAGGUGGAAGCGACUCGAAAGUUUGAUUGGAAUACCAGGCUGCACGGACAGCGCGAGCCAUUCUGGGUUUGGGUUCAAGAUGAAGAAGGGAAUCACAUUUUGCAGUUCUCAAAGGUUGCCUUCGUGGCCAGUGGAAACAAUAACACGAAAACAACGGUAAAGGAUAAGGAAAACGUAGACGGACAUAUUUCCAAGGAUCUUCCCGGUUCGAGCAAAGCAGAAUCUUCAAGUAAAGCCGGAGGACCGAGCAAAGCCAACGCUAGUGGAGGAGUCUCAUGGUCUGCUGGGUCCUCAAAAGUACUACGCACAGACUUUACUAUCCCAUUACGUGUGGUUACGGGAACCAACAAGACCUUGACUGUUCGUUUGAUAUCAGACAGAUGGAUAGGAGCCGUGUUUGAGGCUCCUAUCUAUCUUGCAGAUACUGUGUUCCCUAAGACUGGGCAACUCCCUACACCCGUACUUCAGCUGCCGUUCCUACCUUUGAGUGUAUUCCGGGAUCCUAGGCUACAAUCAACACUUUCAGAUUACUCUAUUCUGGCGUUGAACGGCAUGCAAACCCAAGCAUUUUAUUUAAUUAUCCAAACUGCGCAGAACGUUUUGUUUGCCGGUCCAACCGCCAAUGGAAAGUCAACCCUGGUUCUUUCUGCUGUGUGUAAAUCGCUAGUUUCCACACCGAAGUGGUCUAUUCUCAUUCUGACCCCUCGGAAACGAGAUGCUCGAGAUGUUGUAUCGAUACUUAGAAGAUGGGGUGUCGAUGCAACGCCAGCAAGCACACGAGACUUCGAUGCACAUCGUCCCGGCAGGGCAUAUAUUACCACACCCUCGAAAAUUCUUGAAUGGGCAUGCAAUAACUAUCAAACUAUAUCCAGUAGCCCAUUCGUUCGCAAUUUAAACACAAUAGUGUUUGAAUCCCUGGAAUCUCUUGAUGCCGAGUACGAGCUUGCUAUUGCGAUCCUUCGACAUGCAACGCAAACGAUACCCGUGCGAUUUAUUGGAAUAACUGCUCCAUUGACUGAUACUUCCGACAUUGCGAAUUGGCUCGCGGUCCCUACGCGAGGAAAUUACAGUUUCAGACCGCAAGAUAGAGAACAAGACCUCGUCACCAGUUCUCAAACUUUCUCUAUCCCUCAUUCUGGUGCUCUUUUUCGCGCAAUGGCUAAGCCAGUGUAUACCGCUUUACGCUCCAUGGCACCCGUGGAAACGGCCAUAGUAUUUGUUCCUGCGCAAGGACUUUGCCGGGCGGUAGUGGGUGACCUAGUAACAUCAUGCGGAGUCGACUUUAAUCCUUUGGGCUUCCUCGGGAACGGUGUAACUCCAGACGCAAUGGAACCAUACACACAACGUCUCGAUAACAAAGACUUCUCAGAUGGGGUGGCGCAUGGUAUAGGGGUUUACCAUGACCGGCUCACUCCACGGGACCAGCGACUUAUGCUCGAGUUAUAUGCAGAAGGGACAGUCCGAGUCCUGGUUGCUCCUCGUGAAACGUGUUGGUCUAUCCCAGUGAGGGCAGCGCGAGUGAUCGUAAUGGGUACGCAGUACAUUGAAUUUGAUCCGGAAGGAGACAAGGAGCUACGGGACUACACCUUGGGAGAAGUCAUACGUAUGCAGAGUCGAGCCGUCAGAUCGGGAGCUGCGGGGUCAUUCAUCCUGAUGUGUCAAUCAGAGGAUAGGGAUACUUACAUGCGCUUCCUCGAAAGCGGCCUACCUCUCGAGUCCGAGCUUAUUGAGAACGAUUGUGUAGUCUUGAAGAGGUGGGCGCAAGUGAUGAAGGGGGCGAAUUUGCUCAAGAGUCCUCAAGAUUUGUUGGAUAUUUUGGGACAUACUUACUUACGAAGGCGGUUAGCGGCUAAUCCCGGCUAUUAUGAAGACGGUCCUGAUGCAACGAACACACUUGAGAAAUUGGUUGAUUUAGUAUGGGAAACGUAG